AUGUCAAAGUCUACGCAUGCGAGCACAGCUGUUCUCCUGGUGCCUCCAUCAGAUCUAGAAUCGGAAAACCAGCUCGAUGAGGUGAAAUUUACCAAGGAUCAUCGGAUCAUUCUUAUACCACAGCCCUCAGACAGCCCUGACGACCCUCUCAACUGGACCUCUUUUAAGAAACAUGCCAUCUUGCUCUGUGCAGCAUUCUCCGGGUUUGCCGCCGACUUCAUGGUCUCAGAGAGUGUGGCUUGCAUCAUACUUCAAGCCGAAGAGUGGAAGAUAUCAUCCGAUGGGGCCAACUAUCCCAACAAUCUUGCCCUUAUCAUGUUGGGGGUAUCUUCCCUCCUCUGGAUGCCAUUGUUGAACAGCUGGGGUCGCAUCCCGGUGCUCUUCUGGAGCACCGUACUGGGCCUGUUGUUCACCCUUGGCUGUGCCCUGACACCGGGAAUCUCCACGUAUUAUCCGCUGCGCGUCCUGCAGGCGUUGAGUCAGGGAACCGGAGCCACGGCCGGCCUGGCAUUCAUUGAUGACUUAUUCUUCUUUCACGAACGCGCGCGAAAGAUUGGAGUCUGGUACACGAUUUUCCUGUGCUCGCCGUUUGUGUCACCGCUCCUCGGCUACUUCAUGGUCUCUGGCCUACAAGAAUGGCGGCCCGUGUAUUGGGUUGUCUUCGCUGUUUACAGCCUCGUCUUAGCCUCAAUCGUUGUCUUCGGGGAUGAAACAUACUGGAAUCGCCGCUCAUUUGAACCUGCUGCUCGGCAAGAACAACAAGAGCAGCAGCAGCAGCAGCAGCAGCCCAUACGCAAGCCGGGGUGGAGAAGUCGACUUUCCCGCGUUGUGGGUCUCUGGCAGCUCGAGAUCCAUCAUCAUCAAGAUCGUCAUCUGGGCUAUUUCUACAGUGUGCUCGGAUCCUACGGCAGACUUUUUGGGGUCUUGAUCUCCAAACCGUUGAUCCCGAUUACGCUCAUCACGUACAGUGUGAUCUUCAUGUGGGGCAUCGGGAUAAAUCAGACCUCGGCCCUCCUUCUGGAGACAUCCAUCUCCGAAGGCGGGUACGGGAUGAGUUCCCGGGCCAUCGGCUUCAUGUACUUCACGCCGAUCGUCGCCGUCUUCCUUGGGGAGGCCAUCGGCCAUAAACUCAACGACGCGAUCGCCAGCCUCUACGUGAACCGGCACCGGGGGCUCUUCACGCCCGAGGCAAGACUGUGGACCGCGUACCUCGGGGCAGCGCUCAUGGUCCCCGGCCUGAUCCUGGUAGGGUACACGCUGCAACGGCAUCUCCACUGGGUGGGCAUCGUGUUCGGCUGGGGGAUGUAUCAGUGCGGGACGAUGUUGGUCUCCGUUGCCGUGGUGGCCUAUCUCUUGGACUGUUACCCCAACGCAUCGGUGGAGAUCUCUACGUGGGCCAAUUUCGGGCGAUGUCUGACGGGGUUCUCGAUAGGGUAUUUUCAGCAAGCGUGGGGCCGGAGGGAUGGAUACGCCGUUUCCUUCGGGGUUCAAGCGGCGAUUGUUGGGGCUGCUUUUGGGGUUAUUUGGGGGAUUCAAAUAUUUGGGGCUAGGGUUCGUUAA